AUGGCGACGGAAAUUGAGUCAUCAGCAUCACAAUCUGUAGUGAUCCAGGGUCCUACGGGGGGGUAUAAAAGCUGGAGGCCGCAGUCUCGGAGAAGUCAGUGUGUCAUCAUGAAGCCAGCGGGAGUGCUCCUGCGCCUGCUCCACCUCACCGCUCUGGGACUGGGAUCAGGAUCCGGGACUCAGAGGAACGAGACUCAUCACUUUCCCUCCUACAUGAUGCGUCUGUAUCGCAGCUUCAGCACCAAUCAGACUCCAGCACCGCCAUCUUCAUCAUCAUCAUCAUCAUCAUCAUCAUCACUUCAUCAGCUCCAUCACCUCCAUCAUCAUCAUCAUCAUCAUCACACGGAUCAGGAGAGAGCGGUGAGAGCCGACACGGUCCGCAGCGUCGCUCCCAGGAAUUUAGUCUUUCGAGACAGAAGCUGGAUCACGACCUUUGACCUUUCCACUUUGCUCUCUGAGCGCCACAUCCAGGCCGCUGAGCUGAGGAUCCGCGUUCCCAUGGCGACCGGUCAGCCGAACGUUACCGUGGAGCUGCGUCAUCAUCAGGACCGGCCGUGUCCCAAACGCAGCGCGUGUGUCGAGGAGCAGUCGCUGGGAUUUCUCCCAGAAUCCUCUCUGAUCAGCUCGUCCAGUCAGUGGAGAGUGUAUAACGUCACGGCUCGGCUGCUCCAAUGGAUGGACGACGCGCUCUCGCAGAGGAGGAGGAGGACGAUGAGGACGAAGGUCAAAGGUCACGCCCCUUCAGGCGUCAGGGUGGUGAACGCGGGGAUGAAUCGAGCGCUGCUGGUGGUGUUCUCACACGAGGGAUCGAAGGACGGAGAGCAGGAUAAAGCGAGUCUGCUGCGUACGGCCGAGCGCUCCAAAUUCCUCCUGAGUGCAGAGAGUCAGGUGCUGAGGAGGGUGAAGAGGCAGAAGAGCCGCCGCAAGAACGACAAGAACGAGAGAGAGAAAGAGAACGAGAAGAAAAACCUCUGCAGGAGAGUGGACAUGCACGUCGACUUCAACCAGAUCGGAUGGGGCUCCUGGAUCGUCUUCCCUAAAAAGUACAACGCCUACCGCUGUGAAGGGGCGUGUCCCAAUCCACUCGGAGAGGACUUCCACCCUACAAAUCACGCCUACAUGCAGAGUUUACUGAAACACUUCCAGCCGAGCCGCGUGCCCUCGCCGUGCUGCGCUCCGAUCCGCACCAGCGCCCUCAGCAUGCUGUACUACGAGAACGGAGAGAUGAUCCUGCGGCAUCACGAAGAGAUGGUGGUGGAGGAGUGCGGCUGUCACUGAGGGGCUGGAGGGAGCGAGCGAGCGAGGGAUCACGCUUCUACACCUCCGUCUCCAUCGAACAAACACAAACACCCAACCUCUUAAACACAGGGGUCUGAAAGGCUUCGUCCCAAAUCAUCUAGAAAAAAACACAUACAAACAAUAACCCUACGUAGUGCACUACAUGUCCAGCAGUUUCCUCCUCCCUACUUUAGUGCACUAGAUACGGAGUGUAGAGCGAGUUCACUACGUACGCUCACUACAUAGGGGUGAAAUAACAGUCUCUGUUUCCUGCGUACUUUUUAACGAGGGACUUUUGUUCUUAAGCACUGCUCAUGCAUUUAACUCCUGUAAAUAUUUAAUGUAAAUAACGGAUAAACAGAGUCCUAAUAUUUAUGUUCUUAUUAUUUAUGAUUAUUUGGU